UGGGGUUCGACAGUUGUCAGUAGCUGUAUAAUAACAAAUGAUAAUUUUAAUGAUUUAAUUAUUUUAUGUUAGUAUUAUAAUAAAUAAUGUUUAAGUAUAAUGUAGUGCAAGUUUUACUCUUCCUGAUGUUAAUAUUCACAGGGAUAGACUGCCAGAGGGCAAAGGAUAAAAUGUAUGAGAAUAUAAAAACUUCAGCUGCUUGCUUUAGAAAAAUGAAUGCAACACAUCAAACUGGUUGUACUUCUGCCCCUUCGGGCUCUACAGGAGUAGUACACGUUAUAGAGUCUCAGAAAGAUUUAAACUUUCUUUUAGAGAAUGGUACAGCCCCACCAUAUAUCCCCAUAAUGCCAGUGAGCUUAUUUCGCCAUGAAAUUAUGCAUGUUUUAAAAAAUAGCAAUAAAAUAUCAGGCUUGAUUGUUUUCAAACAGAAUUUCAGCAGUCUGACCCAUUAUACCCACGAUUUAAAAUGCCCUAAUGAGUUAUCAAACAUUGAAGGUACUUGUAAACACCAAUGGAAUGAGUAUGGCACAGGACUAUUGUUUGAGGACUACCCAUUUCCAAUAUUUUAUCUAGACAACGACAGUUAUGUUCAAAAAAUUGUAGAUUGUUUUAAGAAGUUCAAUGACUUUGAUUAUAGUAGUCAAUAUGAAAGAUCGUUGUGUUCUCUGGAGUUGACUUCUUUUAUGUUUGCCACAACUGACACUCCUACAUGUAUGAGGAGGUCAAAUUCUAAGAAUAACUUAAAUCCUGUAAAAUUUUGUGAUCCAAUGGGGGACAAAAAUGUGUUUGCAUCCCUCUUUCCUCUCGAAAAUACAACAGAUUCUACUGAUAAAAAAUAUAUUGUUGUUGCUUCGAGGAUGGAUACCACUUCGUUUUUUAACGACGUUUAUCCCGGGGCCAUAAAUCCCGUUACUAGCCUUGUAACUUUAUUGUCAACUGCCAAUUUGCUUAAGAAGAUGUUACCAGAAAAUAAUAAUUUCGAUAAGAACGUAUUAUUCGUCGUGUUUUCCGGCGAAACGUACGAUUAUAUUGGUUCCCAAAGAAUGGUUUAUGACAUGCAACAGGGUGUCUUUCCUGUACCUUUCGACGCCAGUGUGCAAAAUCCUGUUCCCCAAAUUCGUUUAGAGGACAUUGGUCUUUAUGUUGAACUGAACCAAUUGAGUAAAGCAAAAGAAAUCGUUGCCCAUACUUUAAUAGAAGACAGAGAGUUGGCGAAUUUUGUGACGAUGUUAAGAAACUACAAUCCGAACGUAAACUUAAAAUUUUCUAAAGGAUUGCUGCCCCCUUGUUCUUUACACAGUUUCCUCAAAGAAAAACCCGAUUUCAGAGGUUUAGUUUUAACUGAUCAUCAGAUUGGAUAUUCUAAUCAUUUUUAUAACUCCAUUUAUGAUACCGUUGAAAAUAUUGACUAUUAUUAUUAUAACGUGACUCCAGAAAAUACCUCAAAUAUCCCAAAGGACUCUAUUCAGGCUUAUGUCGCUAAUAUCUCUACCAUGAUCUCGAAAGCUCUAUACGAAAGCGUCACGGGUAAUAAAUAUAACAAUAGCAAUCUUUAUGCUGAUAUCGUUUUGGUUGACGAGCUUUUUAGUUGUUAUUUGACCAAUCCGAAUUGCAAAGUCCAUAAAGCUAUACAGAAAAACGAGUUUGCGGAAGAACCUUUAAGCCUGUACGUGGGUGUUCCAGUUGCGCCCAACCUUAUUAGGAGUUUAAUAGGUCUUACGUUGGGCUGGCUCACAGGAAACGUUUACGAACUCAAAGAUAAUAAAACUUGCACUAACGAUCCAAAAACACCAGCCUUUCAGUACUUCCAUAUGUCCAAAAGUUUACAAGAUUUAAAUAAUACAGUCUGUUAUCAGACCACAAUGAACUUUAGUGAGGCUGUAAGCCCAGCUUUUAUAAUUCCAGAUUACGACUGGAGAUCGGGAAAGUACAGCAGUUGGACUGAAUCGACUUGGCGCGAUUUUAAUGUAAGGAUGUACUUGCAACCUUCUCCAGCCCAUGAAAAAUUCACGAUCGCUUUGGGCUCAAUCACUUUCAUCCUCUCUUUAAUUUUGAUCUACUUUGUAAAGUCCAGGUCUAACAUUCUGUUUCCUGCUCCUCCUCCAGAAUGCGCACCCACUAAUUGUUAGAGACUGAAGAAUUUUUAACUAGGCAAUCUACUAAGUUUAAUUUAUUUGUACAUGAUCUUCGGAUCGUUUUCCACGUUCUUUUGUUGUAAUAAAAUUAAUUUACUUACAAAAA